AUGCGGGUCCUGAGUCACGUCACGACGCGGCGGCCCGACCUUCUCCAAACGUCGGCCAUUGGAGCAGCUCUGCAACGUCCUACCAUCCCCAUGAGCUUCAACAUGCGGCUACGCCCAUCGUUACUCGCCCCGCUUAGGCGGACGGCGCCGCCUAGGUAUGCCCGCUGCUUUGGACAUUUUACCUCUGGGGGCUCCGCCAGCGCAGCACCUGCCAUGAACAUCCCCAUGCCAUAUAUCGAAGAGACAACGGCGCAAGGACGAAGAACAUGGGACAUAUUCUCGAAAUUACUACAAGAGCGCAUCAUCUGCGUCAAUGGCGAGAUCAACGACUAUAUGUCGGCAUCUGUCGUCUCGCAGCUGCUCUGGCUAGAGUCUGACACCCCCGACAAACCGAUCACCAUGUAUAUCAAUUCGCCAGGAGGAUCUGUUACCUCUGGCAUGGCCAUCUACGAUACUAUGUCAUAUAUCAAAUCACCAGUGUCGACAGUUUGCGUGGGCGGCGCUGCAUCGAUGGCGGCUAUCCUUCUUGCCGGCGGGGAGCCUGGCAAGCGCUGCGCCCUCCCGCACAGCAGCAUCAUGAUCCAUCAACCACUGGGUGGCACCCACGGUCAGGCUUCUGACAUCCUCAUCUACGCAAAUCAGAUCCAACGUAUCCGCGAGCAAUCGAAUCGCAUCAUGCGACACCAUCUUAACACCGCUAAGGGUUUCGAACGGUACUCCCUAGAGGAAAUCAACGAUCUGAUGGAGCGGGACAAGUAUCUGUCCACCGAGGAAGCGCUCGAGCUCGGUGUUAUCGACGAGAUAUUCACCAAGAGAACUGAUAAGGACGGCCCAGAGGGCGCGGGCAAGCAGGAUCAGAGUAGGGCUGGCGAAUCCAAGGGCAGCAGCCCCGUGGAAUCACCAUCGAAGCAAUGA